AAAAAAACCAAUCCAAGUGUCUGACUCUUGAGAAACCCUUAAAAAAAAAUUGUUUUUUUUUUCUCUGCAAGAACUCGAAGGCGAAAAGAAGAAAAAAGUUUCCAUUUUUAUCACCUUUUCUUGGAAAGAAGAGCUUCGAUUUGGCGGCAAUGGAGCCCUGGUGGUGAGAAUUCGAGAAGAUUUCGAUGGCGGCGAGUGCGAACCCGACGGGGAAUCAGGACGGUGCCGCCGGGGGCGGUGGAGCGGCGGGGAACCCUAAUAAUGGUGCGGCAGCGGCGGCGCCGGCGGCGGGGAAUGCUUCGGGGCCUGGGCAGGGGUUGAAACAUAACCCUGGACUGGCGAUUGAGUGGACCUCCGAGGAGCAGACGAUCUUGGAGGACGGAUUGGCUAAAUAUGCUUCUGAUGCAAGUCUCAUUCGUUAUGCCAAAAUUGCAAUGGAGUUGCAAGACAAGACAGUCCGAGAUGUGGCCCUGCGGUGCAGAUGGAUGACUAAAAAGGAAAGUGGAAAGAGAAGGAAGGAGGAACUUGCAAGGAAAAACAAAGAUAAAAAGGAAAGAGCUACGGAUUCUUCAACGAAGCCAUCAACUCAUUUGGCAGCACGGCCUAGUGCUCCUCAAUAUGCUUUACCUAUGCUGCCUGUUGACAAUGAUGAUGAUAUCUCAUAUAGAGCGAUUGGUGGUGCUACAGGACAGCUUCUAGAACAAAAUAUGCAGGCUUUCAAUCAAAUUAGCACCAAUCUUGCUAACUUUCUGCUCCAGGAUAACAUCAAUCUCUUCCAGCAAACAUAUGACAAUAUCCUCACAAUCAUGAACGAAAUGAAUGAGAUGCCGGAGAUAAUGAAGCAGAUGCCGCCGCUUCCCGUGAAGGUGAACGAAGAACUGGCCAACUCCAUCCUUCCACCGCCUUCCGUGCCGAGGCAAUCAGGGCAAUAAGAGAGUUCACCUUGUCCGAUACAACAGUUGAUUGGAAGAACAAACCACCAUAGGAAGAUGAAACCGCGGUUUCAUCGGUUUCUUUCACUGAAUCAAUCAGUUGUUGUGUCAACAAUACCUGUAGUCAGUGAUAGAUAGUUUUUUAUUUUUCUUUUUUCUUUUGUAUUUGUUGUAGUGCAAAAGACAGUCUUGUAUUAGACUCAUGAACGCUUAAAUUAGCUGUCAAUAUAAUCUAUGCGUGGUUAUUUCAUUUUUA